UAUGAGGAAAAAAUAAAUAAAUAUAUAAUCUCGAAGACAGCUCAAGCUCCUUUCCUUUGUGGGAAUUGAUGCAUGUUUUUUUCUUUCUUUUCUUUCUUUUUUUGUGAAUGAGGAGAUUUAGAGCAGCCUUGCCAAGGACGAUUGAGGGAGAUGGAUGAAAAUGAGUCCACAUCAGAAGGUCUCAAACUGCACUAACCUUCAAUCUACCAGAAGUGGACCGGUGACCAGGCCUGUGGAGGAAAAGAUGAUGAAGUCCACAAUUCCAAGAAGAAAAACCGCUGUUAUUAAAUCUUUCAGCAAAACCAGACAAAGCGAUGAGUAUGGGGCAUGUAAUGCAUCCCAAAAUGCAGUGCUGUUGAUGGAAGCACAUGCUCACCUUACCAACGGCUUGCAGUCAAGAGAAAGACUUCUGCUGCUUUUCACAGAUUCACUUAUCAUCGCCAAGACUAAGUCUCUGUAUCUAAAGCUGAAGGAUCGUGUUAGCCUCUCAGAUAUAUGGCUGGCAUCCUGUGUUCAUUGCAUCACAGACAGGAAGCUCACCUCCAAGAACUCGUUUGUGAUUGGCUGGCCGACCAUCAAUUAUGUCAUCAGUUUCAGCUCGUCAGAAACAAAGGAGAUAUGGUUACAAGCUCUUCAGUGGCACACCUGCAGGGCCAGGCAAAGAGUCUUGCCAAAUGCCAUUCUUCUCUACGUUCUGCUGAUCUGCCAUCCCGAUGACAACAGCUCACCGACCGUUGCUGUGGCAGUGGAUGUGAGCACGACCGCAGAAAAUGUGGUUCAGUACAUCAUGCAGCAGUGCAAACUACUGGGUGAAGUCUUGGACUACCAGCUGUGUGUGAACUAUGAAAAAGAACAGGAAACAUACCCCCUUAUUGGCCAUGAGCUACCAUUCUUUAUCCUGCAUCAUUCCCUGAGAAGUCAGCAAGACCAUCUGCUCAUGCCCAGUGAGCCCGUGCAGGAAACAUUUAGUUCUGCCCAGCAGACAGUCUCUUCCAAGACCCCUCACUUCACCCUAAAAACCAGAACACAAACUCCUAGGGGUGCUUUGCUGAAACACAAAAGAAAGAGGUCUCUGAUUGAUUGGGCUCUGAGGAGGGGACACUUUCAUCAAUCUGAUGGCCAGUCUGAUCCACAAACUGCCUCUCACAAGCUAUUUGGUCAGUCUCUUUCUUCCAUUUGUCCUGAUGGAAACCUGCCCAAACCAAUAAUGGACCUACUAUAUCUGCUAUUCUGUGAGGGUCCAGAGACCCGUGGAAUCUUCCGUCGUUCAGCAAAUGCCAAAAACUGUAGGAUCCUAAAGGAGCGAAUGAAUUCUGGGCAAAGUAUUUCACUGCAUGAACAAUCAGUUUACGUCUCUGCAUCUCUAAUUAUGGAGUUCUUACGGAAACUGCCUGGUGGUGUUUUGUGCUGUGACUUAUAUGAUGACUGGAUGGAAGUGCUGGAGAGUGAGGAUAGACAUAACAAAGUCAGAAGUUUGCUUGCACAGUUGCCGGAGGAGAAUGUUACCUUGCUGUGCCACUUAUUUGGAGUGCUACACAGGAUACACACUCACUCAGAGGUGAAUCAGAUGACAGCAACAAACUUGGCCCUUUGCAUUGCACCCAACAUGCUCUGGCGGUCUUCCCAAAUCAGCCCUGAGAAAGAGGGACAGAGUGUGUUGCAGGUCGCCAUGCUAAUACAGUACCUGAUAGAAAACUCGCCUGCCAUAUUUGGAGAUGAUCUGGACAGUCUGUUCACCAGGCAGAUGAAUUCAGAGCAGGAAACACAUGACUACACAGAUGCUUCAUUUCAUCUUCAGCACUCCUCUUCAGAGGACACAGAUCAAGACCUCACCGUUUCUUCCCAAUUGCCUGAAGUUCAUCCACUUUACCUCCCUUUGGCUGCUCUUUCCCUGAAAGAGAAGAGGAGCCCCCAGCCCUUUCAAACUGAUAUGCCUUCAACAGAAGGCGCCUACAGCUGUGGAACACUGGAUUCCAUUUCAUCUCGUUCCAGUGCUUCUGUGAGUAUGCUGGGAGUUGGGGAUCUCAGCCAAUCACGCGAUCGAUGCCUCUCUGAGCCUUCCAUGUAUUUUUCCACACCCCAAACGCCGGCACCGACUCAUACCCCUGUUAUCCGCCAAUCCAGCUAUGAUGCCGCUGUAAAAGACAGCAGAAAUGAGCAGUCACAAGGCCCCAUGGGGCUGAGCCCAGAACAACAACCACCCAAUUCUGGAAUGGGUACCAGGCGACGACGUUACACUUUUUGGAAGUCGCCACAAAUCCCCACGCGCUUCCGUCAUCCUGCACAGAGAUUAGCCAGCAUGUCGAGUCUGUCAUCUACAACCACUUCUUCUCUCAGCUCAUUGGAUAGUACGUUGUCCCUUAGCUCUGCCGAUCCAAUCCCCAGCCCUCAAGAUACACAGUCCCGGCCUUUUCUUUUCGGAGCUGCUGCGAGACUGCAGCCUCUCACACCUGAAAUAUGCAGAAAGCGGUGGACAAGUACUUUUACUUACGAAGAGGAAGAGGACAUUUGGAGAGAGAGAGAUCAAGAGACUGAAAAUGAGAAAGAGAGUGAAUUGGAAGCAUCUUUUCAUGACUGUUUUGGAGAGAAAGUAGUGAAGGAUGGAGAAAGGCCUGAGGGUGAGGAUGCCAUGAGCUGUGAGUCCUUUGGUGAGGUUAAAGGUGCAACAAGACAAUCUGUGUCUAUGUGCAGCGUGGAGUUUAGUGUGAAUCCAUUACAACCCGCCACAUACCAGAUAGAGCCCAAUCUUGAUAUAAACUCGCAAGCGAUUUCACUGAAUCCCUGCAGUGUAUGGACCGCCCCACUGACAAAUCAGGUUGGCAAUGAUAUACAGGAAUCCCAGGUGACUCAAACACUAACACACACACCCACAACGACACAAAAGCAAUCCAGUACCAAUGGAGAAAACUCUGUAAGUCAGCAACAGCUGGAGCGUAAAAAAAAUGCUUGCUCAAACAUCCAUGCCUCAGGUAGGCAGAAAGUGAGCAGAAUGAAAAUUACAGUCUUUCCUUUUGCUGGAAGAGUGAUGCUAAAACAUUCUAAAGUCACAGAUCAAACCGCAAACAUGCCAAUGAAAACAGAGCAAAAAGCUGAGCCAGGAUUCAGUGUAGAAAAGGAGGGAAAAGUGCGAGAAUCUGUUCAGGUACAUAUCCCACAGACACUGUUUUACGGUCAUAAUGUUCCGCUAGUGUUACUUUCUACACCACCACAGCAAAUGUCAGUCCAGGUGAGGACACAUUGUACUCCCCCUGAUGAUGUUGGUGUGACAGAUGCAGGUUUGUGUGAUGAAGCUAAUGUUAGCAUUGUUGCAACUGAUAUUAGCAACGGAGUAAGCAGUUACCCAGCAGAAAAUACCAUUCAGAACAUCAAAUGUAUUAGUCAUAGCAUGAGCACUGUUGAUGAUCUGCACAGCCCUGGCUGUAUUACUGAACCUGCUAGCCCCAUUGUUAGCAUUAGGAGUGGUUAUAAUGUAAAUCGAAGUAUAAAGCUUAUUCACAGCAAUGCUAAUCAGAGUGUGGACUAUCCGAAACCUUCUAGCAAAUCCUCAGGAACCUUUCGCCACACAAUCUGUAUCAAGCUCCCUGGCAGCAGAGGGAUGGCACAGAACAAGCCAUUACCAUAAUUGAAUCCUUCUGGUUAUGUAAUAUUACGUGGAGUGUAUGCAGCAUUUGUUCUCAGUGUUUUUUCGUAAGAACGAGGUUAGGUAUAGAUUCUGCAGGUUUUAUGCGGUGCAGCAGGAGUACGAGUUUUGUGUGUAUUUAUGUGUUUGGAGUAGAGGCUAAAGGGAU